AUGAAAAAUUAUGGGGGAGGAUUGGGCUUGUAUCUUCGUUCCGUUCCCCGCCUUGGUGCUAUGUACCCUGCCCACGUCCAGUCCAGACAUGGAUUUGGCUCGUGCUGGGUGGGUAUCCAAGGCCCCCCUCUGGUAUGCGCACUUCAGAAGGCACGAAGAGGAGAGAAGGAUCAGGAAAAGGCCCCUGUGAAUCCGAGCAUCCGAGAGAGCUCCGAGUCAACGCACGCAUUCGAUCCCUCAAAACACUGCCAACACAUCGAAAAACACAACAUGUUUUUCCAUUACAUUUUUGUGGUGAUACGGAGAAUAGGAGUUGGAUCGUGUCGUCAAAUCGAGGAAGCAACCAAGCACCCAAAGAGCACUCUUGAAGCCUUCUUCUUCGAUACGGAAUCUGAAUUUAGAAUGAACCACUGA